UGUGCUGAGAGUUGCCAACCUAGUUCAAGCAAGAAAGUGAAGGAAGGGGAGCCAUUUUGCUGUUAUGAUUGCAUUCAAUGUCCAGAAGGGGAGAUUUCAGACCACGAGGAUAUGAAUGACUGCAAUAAAUGCACAGACGAAAAGUAUCCAAGUAAGAAUCAAGAUUUAUGCAUUCCCAAAACUGUAACCUUCUUGUCUUAUGAAGAACCUCUGGGAAUUAUUUUAGUCUGCUUUGCUCUUUCCUUUUUUUUAAUCACAUUUCUAGUGCUAGGAACGUUCAAGAAGCACCAUGAUACUCCCGUAGUCAUUGCCAACAACAGAGACCUCACCUACAUUCUCCUUAUCUCUCUCCUGCUCUGCUUCCUUUGUGCACUGUUGUUCAUCGGCCAACCUCGGAAGGUGACGUGUCUUCUCCGACAAACUGCUUUUGGCAUCAUCUUCUCUGUGGCUGUUUCUUGUGUGCUGGCAAAAACCGUCACUGUUGUUUUGGCUUUCAUGGCCACCAAACCCGGAUCCAGGAUGAGGAAGUGGGUGGGGAAAGGACUGGCCAACUCUAUUGUUCUUCUCUGCUCCCUUAUUCAAGUAGCCAUUUGUACUAUGUGGCUGGCAGCCUAUCCUCCAUUCCCAGAUGUGGAUAUGCACUCAAUGAGUGAAGAAAUUGUAAUGGAAUGCAAUGAAGGUUCAAUGACUAUGUUUUAUAGUGUCCUGGGGUAUAUGGGCUUUCUGGCAAUUUCCAGCUUUGCUGUGGCUUUCUUUGCCAGGAAAUUACCUGGCAGUUUCAACGAAGCCAAGCUUAUCACUUUCAGCAUGUUGGUCUUUUGCAGUGUUUGGUUGUCCUUUGUUCCUUCCUACUUAAGCUCCAAGGGAAAAUACAUGGUAGCUGUGGAGAUCUUCUGUAUCUUAGCCUCCAGUGCUAGCUUACUGGGCUGCAUCUUUAUCCCAAAAUGUUACAUUAUUGUGUUGAGGCCUGAGCUGAAUAACAAGGGGCAGCUCAUAAGGAGAAAAGAGUGA